AUGACUUUGGAGAUAACGGAAGAACAUUCUUUAAAGAAUAUCCCAAUAAAUUAUGAAUCCCGACAACGAAACAGGCGUGAGGUCGUCCUUGAAAAAGUCUUGAAUGGCAGUUACAUAGGCCACGGUGAAGAUGACGAUGAAGAUGAUGAAGAUGACGAAGGUAAUAAAGAUGAUGAAGAUGACGAAGGUAAUAAAGAUGAUGAAGAUGACGAAGGUAAUAAAGAUGAUGAAGAUGAUGAAGAUGAUGAAGGUAAUGAAGAUGACAAAGGUGAUGAAGAUGAUGAAGAUGAUGAACGUGCCAGCGACGAUAAGAGUCACUGCCACAUUCCCUGUUUGACGAACUGCGCUCCAUAG